AUGUCGUUCCCGCUCGACCCGCUCGACCCGGUCGGCGCACUCUACUCGUCACAGCAGCCCGCUCAGCAGCAGCAAGGGCACGGACAGGGCGACGGGUACGCACUGGCUCAGCAGGGGUACUACGCCCAGCAACCACAGCAACAGAUGAUCCCGCCCAUCCACCACGGCCACUCGCACCCUCACUCGCACGCUCACUCGCCGUAUGCCCUCCCCCCGCUCAACCAGUACGCCCCGCCCCUCCACCAGCAACAGCAACAACAGCAGCAACCCCAUGCACCUCCUCAGCACCGACUAGCCUACGCCCCCCAGCUGCCGCACCCGCCUCAGAGACCCGCCUCAGCGAGCGAAGCCGCCUUUGGAGCGGGAGGGGGAGGGUCGACGUCGUCGAGGGGCGCGACGCCCGCGAUGGGGUUGACGACGAAUGCGCCGUUGGCGAGGAGUGCGGCGGGGAGCGUGGGGCCGCAGACGCCGGCGAGUGGGCAUGCGGGACUUCCGCAGCCUCAGGCGCAGGCGAGUCCGUCGACCCCGGGAGCACAGGGACAGCAGGGUCAUUUGUUGCCCAAGGCGAGGAGCGCGAUGGCGUGCAGCUUGUGCAGGAAACAGAAGAUGAAGUGCGAAGGACCCGACAAGGCGCCGUGUAGGAGGUGUCGUGCCGCAGGCGUCGACUGCGUUUUCGAGGCGCCUCCUGCUGCACCGCCGAGACCGCGCGGAACGGGCGUGACCGAAGCCUGGGUGGAGAGCCGCUUUUCCCAGUUCGAACAACGCCUCGCCUCGCUCGAACAAGAAACCUCUUCCUCCCGCGCGCUCGUCCCUUCCAACGGCUCCUCCGCUCCCUCCUCCUCCUCCAUCUCGCCGCAAAUCGUGACGGACCACGACAGGCGGAUAGCGACUCUCGAAGCGCAACUUUAUGCGUUGCAGUUGACUGUCCAGCGGCAGCAACUUGCGCAGAGUCAGCAGCCGCAGCAGCAGGGGAUGUAUGGCGCUCCUCAGCAGCAGGCGUUUCCGACGUUUCCUGCAAACGGCACAGGAGGGUACGGAGGCGGUUUGAAGCAUGAAGCGAGUGAUGGGGACUUGCAUCGCGGGAAGAGGUGGAAGGGGGAUCUGCAGGGUACGAUUGCCGAGCCUGGGACGGAGGAGAAGGACUUUAUCGCGCGCGGGUUGGUCAGCGAGGAGGAGGCGCAGAUGUGCUUCGAAUCUUACCACCUCACCUUCGCCCCUCAAGGACUCAGCAACUCGCCCUCGGACGUCCCGCACCUCUCGUUCGACGAAACCCGCCGCCGCUCACCCUUCUUCCUCUGCGUCGUCGUCUCGAUCGGCGCGCGCGCGCUCUCACGCUUCGAUACCUUCCACGCCACGUACCGCGAAGCGAUGCGUCUCGCGAGGUUGUGCUUCAUCCCUACCGCCUUCUUCGGAGAGUCGAAUCCGCACGUUCACACGAUCCCGCCUGGAGCCGACAUCGCCCCGUCCUCGUCCAACGCAGAGGACUUCCUCUUCCCGACGUUCAGCAAUACAGCCAAGACGAGUCCCGUCUCGGCCAACGGCGCGCCAGACCCGAACAGUAUGCUCGAACCGCGCCUGUCGACUCUCUCCCUCAAGGCCCUCUUCCUCCUCGGCUUGUACCACUCCCUGCCCGAGUUGCUCGCGCACUCGUGGAUGGCAGGGUGGAGGUACCUCUGGCCUUCUGCGGUGCUCGACUUUGAGCGACUGAGCGAGGAGGAGAAGCGCGGACCGGUCGGGAGGAGGUUGAUCAACGUCUCGCGCGUGGGAUUCAUCGGGUGGUUGUGGGUCUCGCAUUAUACCUACGUCCGUGGACAAGCCGGGUACAUCACGACCGGCAUGGACAUCAUGCGACACCGACUCGACGUCCUCGCUGGAUCAGUCUACGCCGAACAGCCAACCGACAGCGUCAUCCGCACCAACAUGGAGGGCAACUUUAUCCUCCUCAAGGUUUAUGGGAAACUUUGUCCCGCAGCGAGGUUGUUGUACCCGACUGUCGAGGAGGUGUUCGAGGUCGUUAAGGAUGCGAUCAGGGAUGUGGACGAGUGGAACAAGCGCAACUCGGCGCACAUGCAGGAGAUCACGUCGUGGGGAGACUCGCCCGACCUCAAGUCGAUCGUCCCGUUCCACCACACCCGCCAAUGGCUCCUCAUGUACAUCUUCCGCGACUUUGCAGCCGACAAGCUCGAUCUGUCCGAUCCGCAAACGCGCGAGUUCGCCCGAAUGGCGGUCGAGUCGGCGCUCGUCAUCCUCCGAUGGGGCGUCGAGAGCCGCGUCUGGAUGCCGUUCAGUGUCAUCGGCGGAUACGUACACAACGUCAACGUCCCUUGCGCGUUAUUCGUCCUCUCGACUUGCACACGCCUCUACCCCUUCGACACCGACUACUCCCUCCUCCGACCGCUCCUUCAUCGCCUCAAUAAGCAAUGCGACGCGACCAUCUCCGGACCGGCUGCGACGCCGCGCGAGAUCGCCCGAGCGAAGAAGACGAAACUCGAUGUGCAGGAGCUGGACCGCUGGGCUUUCGAGCGAGGUGGGGAGGACGACUGGGCUGCGUCGGGCGGAGGAGGGGGAGGGGGAGGCGCGGCGUCGAGUAGUUCGGCGAGCGCGCAUGGGUCGGCGACGGGCGAGGAGAGCGCGGGGUUGUUCGGGCACGAGGUGACGGCCAGCUUGGAGUCGCUCAGGAUGGAGCUCAACUUGUGGGCCAAGCCGUUGCGGGCAUUCGAGGAGGACGACUGA